AUGCAUGUCUGGGUGGACUUGCAGCGGAAAACAAAGGAAAAAAGAGAAAAGGCAAAAAAGGAAGAAGGUGGGCCUGGAGGUGCCCAAGAAGGUAUGAUGACUGUGCUUGAGUUUCGAUUUUGUACCGGACAUUGGACAUACACACGGCGCUUGAUAUUCGCAGAUCGACAGCUGGUGCAGAGUGCAACGUUCGGGGUGCACGAUGUUUGCAAGGAGGCGAUCCCGAUGGGGCUGUCGAAAGGGCUGACUGUGACCUCCCAGCCGAAUGUGGAUUAUGACUGUUCAGUCAUUGGCAGUCGAAACCUGCGUUUGAAUGUGUGGUAUGUGCCGUGUUAUGCGAUGUUGCCUGGCGCACGUGCCUUGGCGAGGGAGGUGGCAAGGGGUUGGUCCUGA